UAAUAACAAAAUAUAAUUUUUUAUUAAAUAAUUUUAUUAAGAAAAUAGUAAUCAUUUAAUUGCCAUAAAAUGUCAAAAAAUGACGAUAAAGAUAUUAAAGUGCCCAUCGUUGACAAAGAACUUGAUCUCUCAAAUGCAGGACGUGGUGUGUGGCUAGUGAAGGUACCCAAAUAUAUAGCAACAAAAUGGGAAAAGGCACCCUCCAAUAUGGAUGUGGGAAAGUUGAGGAUUAGCAAGACUCCCGGACAAAAGGCACAAGUAUCGUUGAGUUUGACACAGGCCGUAGUGAAACUAGAUCCUCUAGAAGAAAUUCCCACUGAACACAUACUAGACGUUUCAGUUGUGACGAAACAGACGUUGGGAGUAUUUUCUCACAUGGGACCACCAACAGCGGCCACCACCGCUGCUGCUAAAGAUAGUAAAGAAACAGCUUCGCAAACACUAGAUAUGGAAAAACUUUACAUGGAAGGUAGAAUUGUGCAAAAGCUGGAAUGUCGUCCCAUAGCAGACACUUGUUAUAUGAAACUGAAAUUGGAGUCUAUACGCAAGGCAUCGGUGCCACAACGUAAAGUGCAGCCCAUAGAUAAAAUUGUGCAAAACUUCAAGCCUGUCAAAGAUCAUGCACAUAAUAUUGAAUACCGUGAACGCAAAAAGGCUGAGGGUAAAAAGGCUCGUGAUGAUAAGAACGCUGUCAUGGAUAUGUUGUUCAAUGCUUUCGAAAAACAUCAGUACUAUAACAUAAAAGAUUUGGUUAAAAUCACCAAACAGCCCAUUGGUUAUUUGAAAGAGAUUCUUAAAGAAGUUUGUGAUUACAAUAUGAAAAAUCCCCAUAAAAACAUGUGGGAAUUAAAGAAGGAAUAUCGUCAUUAUAAAUCAGACGAGAAAAAGGAUGAUGAUAAGGGAUCAGAUAGUGAUACUGAAUAACAAUAAUCUUUACAUAUUUAAAAGACUUUGUAACUAAAUUUUUAAUUAGAACAUUAUUUAAAGAAAGAAGAAACAAAAAAGAAAACAAAUUUUGUGAAUAAAAUUAAAACCACAAAGUUUAUGUUAUUUUAAAAAGAUUGUCUACAGUUUUUAAAGAA